AAAUAGUCCAACAGAAACCGGCAAAGUGUGUGUCCACAAGGACAGCUUUGUAAUCUCCGAUUGUUCAGUUUGUUCUAGCCGGGAAAUCCAAAUCCUCGACAAAUUGCAGCCGUAAAACCCUAGGAUAACAGAGUGGCAGGUUUAGGGAGCACUAUGUGAAUUUCAACCUCUGCUCACUCUGUUCAGUACUAAAUCGACGCGAUUAAAGCCCGACCUUUGGAAUCACAUAUUCACAUAUACGUAUAAGCAUUUAUAUCGUUGAAAUAGAGUGUGAGUGAAAGAGCAAGGAUGGAUAAGAUUAUAGUCACACUGGAUAAUGGAACCACAUGCUCAGCAUGGAAUUACAACGGGCAGAGAUUAGCGGCUGGUUCGAUUGAUGGAACUUUGGCAAUCUACGAUUCAACUGAUCCAGAUUCCUCAGUUUUUAAUUGUUCUUCAAGAUUUGCGGUCCAUGAGACUGGUUUGGCCAAAAUUGUCUGGGUUCCACCUGAGUAUGGCGAUGGGGUUGCAUGCAUCAGUGAUACUGGGACUUUGUCAUUGUGGGAAGAAGUGUCAGAAGAUUCUGAGACUGUUCAGUGGGUGUUGUGCAAAUCCUUCGACAAAAACUCAAGCCGAGUUCUACAUAUUCAAUUUGGUGUCUCCCUUAAUAGCCUCAAAUUGGUAGUUGCAUAUUCUGAUGGCCAAGUCAAAAUAUUUGAGCUUCUAGAUCCAUUAAACUUGAAUAAUUGGCAACUUCAGGCUGAAUUUCAGAAUGCCAUCGAUUCCAUAUCAAAAAUUGGGAAGAUUUUAUGCCUCUCUGCCUCAAUUGCUUGGAACCCUUCAAAGGGUGAAACCCAACCGUCAAGUUUUGUUCUGGGAUUUAAUUCUGACACCCCACAGUUGAAUUCCUCCAAGGUUUGGGAAUUUGAUGAGCCUCAUCAGAGAUGGCUUCCAGUUGCAGAAUUAGCCUUGCCAUCAGACAAGGGUGACCAGGUUUUAGCAAUCGCAUGGGCCCCAAACAUCGGAAGGCCAUAUGAAGUAAUAGCUGUCUCUACUUACAAAGGGAUUGCAAUAUGGCAUGUUGGAUCAGAACCUGACCCCAAUGGGAGGCUUGCGACUGAGAAGGUUGCAUUGCUUUCGUCUUCCUGUGAUAAUGAGGUUUGGGAGAUGGAUUGGGACAUGAGUGGAAUGACACUUGCUACUACUGGGAGUGAUGGCCAGGUCCGCUUGUGGCAGUCCAACAUAGAUGGCAUUUGGCGUGAAAAGGCAAUAUUUGAUCCCACUACUACUUAGUCCGCUUCAUCUUAUCACCAGAUGUGAUUCUGAUAGAGUCGUAAGUCACUAACCUUGAAAAAAUCUGGCCCUCAUUGCUUUAGUUCUCUGUAUCUAUUUGAUUAGCUCCACAGCAGACUUCGUUCUCUGCAGAAAAUUUUGUUGCUGUGGGUCUUUGGGCUAUUUUGUAUUAUUAUUUAUUAUUUAUUUUGAUUAGUCAAAGGCCUGCUAGCUGAAGGCAUGUCAACAUAUGUAGCCAAGAGGGAGAUUUCAUUUGUGAAUUGUGACAUACUUCGAUGAAUUAACAUAUGUGGGGUUACUAAACACUCGAGCAAUGAAUGCAGCAAUUUGCUUCUAGUUAUUUUUU